AUGGUGAUCAGCAGCUCCACCAACGACGUCGUCGUCCAGGGAUACGCCGAACCCGACGAAGCUGGGCACAGUCGGUUGCGCGUGGCCAGCGUCGCCCCAGCCAAGACACAGUCGCUGCCAAAUUUGGGAGCCAACAUGCCCGGGGCGACCAUCGAAACGCUCCCCUCGGAUAUCGACGCGAUCAACCGAAAACGACACAAGGAACGUCGUGAUGCGACGAAGUCGCGGCCGGUCGGCAAGAAAUUUGUGCGAACGGCUGGCGGACAGGUAGAAGAAGAUUCGGCCAACAUUUUCCGGGGUCUCUUUUGGGGCCGCCAAAAAUACCCGUCCUUUGUCAAGGCCAAGGUAGUCCGCGACGGCCGUUCGAACAAGAGCAAGGGCUUCGGCUUUGUGUCCUUCAAAAGUCAAGAGGACUUCGAGCGUGCGAAGGUUCAAAUGGACGGGGAUACGUUUUCGGAAAUCGCCCCAUUGGGUUGCUGGCAUCCAGGAAGAGAAAGCGAAGCUCGGCCUCAUGUGCGUUCGCUGGAUAUUCUGCAAGUGAUCCCCUUCACUGGAGAUCUUGGUUGCCUGAUGCCGAUUCGAGCCAAAGAUUUGCUCAUCGGCUGCUCGAUCGCCAAGCGCAACGAUGGCCAGCACCUCUUCGACUACUUGUACACAAGGAUUCUGGGAUGGCUGACGGGGAUCGACAAAAUCGACAAGAUUCAAAUUUAUAUGAGCGGGAAUAUCAUGGAUGGACUUGUUGCGUAUUUCAUCAAGGAGUUCGUGCCACAACUCGGAUGGAUCGAUCAGACAUACAAGGGAAUGGAUCUCAUCAUCAGGGCCAGCGAUGGACAAGCGCUGCUGGCCGUUUGGGACGAGCCGGAGACCUGCCUCUACCUGAUACAAUGUGAAUACAAUUUCCGAAGGGGUCGUUGUCUCGGAAGUUACGAACGAAACGAAAAGUCGAUCCGCCGCAUUUGCGAUUUGAUGCGUAUCGUCUCGGAUCUCGCCGCCUCGCGCCCCGAUUGGCCGGCGAUGCGAAGGAGAAGC